GCCAAUCUGCCCUUUGCAUUUAAAGCAUCCUUUUUUAUUAAUGACAAACGCAGAGGAGUAAAGAUGGAUUGUAUCUUCACUUGUGCAACCCAAUGACCAAGUGAACAACUCAUGUCCUUUCAAAUUCAAGAAACUUUGAUAUUUAUGCCUUUUGUAAAGAUGCAGUUCACUUUCCUUGACAGCUUCUAGCUGUCUUCAGCUGAUUCAAGUCAGAGAAUUAAUGGGUUGUGUUUAGAUUUCCAGGUGGUGAUAUUUAUCCUAGCCAUUAAAGAAAAGUGGAUUUGUGUAGCUUUCAAAAUAUAUAUGAGAAGAGUAUAUCUGUUCUUUGUAUUGAAAAGCAGUUCUUGGUCAGAGAGAUAAAAGGCUUAAGUGGCCUUUUCAGGUGUCUACAUACACAGUAAUGGAGUCUUCCCAAAUCUUUGUCGCGGAAGAGUGUCACAGUAGUGAAUCUGGGUGGACCAUGUAUCUUGGCUCCCCAACACAGGAUGAUGGUGGUGGUGAUGACGAUGAGCACAGUGACGAUGGAGAUAGUUCUGAUGGUGGUGGAAGUGACAAUAAAAGUUACAAUGAUGACAGUGAUGAUUCUAUGGCUUCUGAUGCUUCUUCUGGCCCAAGCCAUCAUGGCAUAGCUCAUUUGAAGCAGGAAGAAGAUAAGCACGUUGGCAAGUAUCAAAUGGAGAUGAAAGCUAACAAACCGAAGGAAAACAAAAAAGCUGAAAGUGGGAGAAAGGAAGAGAAAGAGGCAAUGGCGUUUAUGGAAAAAAGAGCUAAUAAUGCUUCAGCUCAAAGUGGUUCCAAGGUAAGGAAAACCUUUUUAAUGAGCAAAAGGAAAUAGCUUGCUAGCUAGCUAGAUAUGUGUUGGUUCUCUUUUGGUUGAUUUUGCAGGAUGGCAGCAUGCAAGGGCUCAAAAUGUAGAUCAGUGAGAAAAAAAAAUACAUCUGAUGAACUCCUACUUAUGAUUAUGUUAUGUGUUCCGAAUCUUUCGGUGUAAGAGUACUUGAUCCUUCAAGAAAUAUAAUAUUAACUAGCUUAUUCUACUGCUACA